UAAUAACCUGGAGCUAUGCUUCCUGGGGUCGGCGUGUUCGGCACCAGCCUCACCGCACGGGUGAUCAUCCCGCUGCUGAAGAACGAGGGCUUCGCCGUUAAAGCGCUGUGGGGCCGGACACAGGAGGAGGCGGAGGAGCUGGCCAAGGAGAUGAACGUGCCCUUUUACACCAACAGGAUCGACGACGUGCUGCUUCAUCAGGAUGUGGAUCUGGUCUGCAUCAACCUGCCGCCGCCUCUGACGCGGCAGAUCGCAGUCAAGACACUGGGUAUUGGCAAAAAUGUAAUCUGCGACAGGACCGCCACGCCUCUGGAUGCUUUCCGAAUGAUGUCAGCUGCCCAGUACUACCCCAAGCUGCUGAGCAUUAUGGGAAAUGUUCUGCGUUUCUUGCCAGCUUUUGUUCGAAUGAAGGAGCUGCUGGAGGCAGGUUACGUCGGAGAACUUCUGGUCUGUGAGGCCCAGGUCCACAGUGGUAGCCUCCUUGGGAAAAAAUACAACUGGAGCUGCGAUGAUCUGAUGGGAGGCGGUGGCCUGCAUUCGGUUGGCAGCUACAUUAUUGACCUGCUUACGUUUCUGACAGGCCAGCGUGCGGCCAAAGUCCACGGCUUCCUCAAGACUUUCGUUAAACAGACCGACCACAUUCGGGGCAUCCGCCAGAUCACCAGUGAUGACUUCUGCACGUUCCAGAUGGUACUGGAGGGAGGCGCCUGCUGCACCGUCACGCUCAACUUCAAUGUCCCCGGAGAGUUCAGGCAGGAGGUGAUAGUUGUAGGGACUGACGGGAGGCUAACGGUCACAGGGACAGACUUGUAUGGACAGAAGAACAGUGGCGGUGGAGAAAGUGGUGGCGGCCCUGAGCUCCUGCUCAAAGACAUCACGCCUCUCGAGAAGGCCUCCCUGCCGGAGAAGGCCUUCAGUGACAUUCCGUCCCCUUACCUCACCGGGACGAUCCGCAUGAUCCAGGCUGUGCGGCAGGCCUUCCAGGACCAAGAUGACCGGCGGACGUGGGACGGGAGGCCCCUGACAAUGGCUGCCACUUUUGAGGAUUGCCUAUAUGCUCUGUGUGUGGUGGAUACAAUUAAGAAGUCCAACCAGUGCGGAGAGUGGCAGAACAUUGUGGUCAUGACAGAAGAACCAGAGGUCAGCCCAGCUUAUCUGAUCAGCGAGGCCAUGCGGCGGAGUAGGAUGUCCCUCUACUGUUAGCAUUUUUAAAACUCAUGGUGGCGCUCAAGCGGCAUUGUUGGAAGUUUUUUCACAGAGCUGCCGGAUUCCAGUUUUGUGUUGAAAUUUGUGUUGUCACUGUUACAGAGGCUUUACACGACGACGUGCAGAGAGUUGUGGUUUCCCGUCCUCAGCGGUAGGAAAAGCAAUGUGAUAAAUAAUCAGAACUUUAUUUAUAAAGAAGCUUUUUUUUCAUUUUGGCAGCAGGUUUAAGCCCUUCGGGGAGAUGCACUUUUAAAUCAAGCUAAUUCAUGCAACAGAAGGACCUACAGUGGCGGCAUAUCAGGGAGUGAAACUACCUGCUGGUUAGUUGGUCGAUCAGUAGGAGGCGUCCUUGUGGGGAUCGCCUUCUAAUGUUCCCAUUUCACCAACAGAUACUUGCAAUUUCAUAUGCUUUUCAUCACCCCUGCUGGCUGCUUGAUCAAACAGUUAUUUGUGCCUCCUGUUUCUCCUUCUCUUCUAUAUAACUGGUCUAGAAAGACACACGCCCUACACUGUGGGUCUGAACAAGGACUGCCAAGGAAGAACGAUAGUCUUUUUUUUAAUUGUGCCAGUCUGUUGUUGAUGUAAUCUGAAGUACUUUUAGUACUAGUUUUACCAAGUGAAUGUUAAAAAAAACAAGUCAGUGUGCUUCUUAGUCAUGCUCUGUCUGCUCCGUAUGUUUCUCCUAUGUGUGUGAAACAAGAGAAAAAAAGAAUCAAUCAUUUGGCUGGUGUUUUUUUGGGGGGGGUCCCAGAGGACUCUGGUUUUCAUAUGCAAUAUAAACAGGCAGAAGGGGCACUAGUUUCUCUCUGAGCCUCAAAUAAAGGGUUAGAUUAAACUAUGGUAUGCCUUUAUGCAGUUCCAGUCGGCUGUGCAUCACCUGCGUGGUUGGUCAGUGUAGCGGUACUCUGACUCGUUUUAUGCUAUCAUUGUAGCAACUUAAUCUCAUGUGGCGCUGAAGUGCAGACAGUCUUGCAUGUAAGUUUGCAAGCUAUGUGCAGAUUUCAUUCGCACACUUCUGUGCAAUCAGUGCUGCAAACUAAUUGCAAGCCCGUGUGGUCUGCCCAGAGCUUAAGUAAGACUGAGAACUUGCAGUAAAUCAAGCAGUGUAGCAAAGUGUGGGCGACUACAUUUUUAAAAAAAUAUAUUUUUUAUUCAAAGUGUUAAGGUUGGUGUUAUUUUGUGUUUUUUUUUCUCAUUGUUGGAAAAAUUUCAUAUAGGCCUAAAGAUCAAACCCAGUAGCAUUAAUCCAUCUGUCAAUAAUUCCUAACUACAGUACAGUGUCUGUGGCCCUUGGCCCCACAUCCAGUGAACCCUGCUUUCAAUUAUUACAUCAAAUUUUUACAUUAAGUGUUUUUAAAAAGAACAGUUCAGAUAUGCGUCCAGCGUUUUGGCCUCUUUUAGCUCUUGUUCCAGUGUUUUGGUUUUGCGUCACUCUCACCGCUCUCACUGACCUUAUUUCCAGCAGCAGCAACCACACUGUAUGCUGCCAUACAUAUUUUUAAAGGAACUACAAGGUUCCUUCAGUCCACUGAUAUCUAUGUCACCAGUGUGCUCUAAAGACUAAAGUGUAUUAAGGAAAUUGGUCCAUUGACAUGGAAACUCAAAGGCUGUUUUAAUAUGCAACUUUAAGAAAAGGGUUAUGGUACUGUAGACUACAACAAUAAAGCCAUACCAAACAGUACACAAUUAAAGCAAUUAAAGCUUAACUUGCAGUCCUGCUUUGAACCCCUAUAGAGCCAGUGCCGUAGUAGGUGACAGCGCUGUCUGCACUGGUCUGCUGUCAAGAUUGAAUCUAACUUAUUUAUUUAGUUUAUGCGCGGAUUGUCAAGAGGAAUGAAAACAUGAAAACGGCCUACAUUGGAAGAUUAAUAUCUCUUGCAUUAGAAUAGUGAGGAAGCAAAUCAGUAAACUAUGCUUACACAGACCAUCAACACCAAACAGACCAACCACAGUUGUUUUCUCUGAAGGUGCACAUCAGACUAUGCUCUAGCUACACUGUAGUUUUAAAACAGUUGUAAGCGUGGCAGGAACCACUGCAGCGACGUUGUCAGCUGCGCUUCCAAGCUGUCCAUGUCGGUUUGCUGCUUUGUAAAUAGCAACAAUGCUGGAAAAGAGAUGAGCAGUGGCAGUGAAGCAGUUUCAAUCACAUUUUUGAUCUUUUGCAGUUCAGAACAAUCGAUAUUAUUAGGUGCUACAAGCCCCCACACUGGUUAAUAUUUUAACUGGAACUUAAUUCAAACCCCAGUCCUCCCAACAGCUUUCUAUUAUCUGGACAAAGGCAAAUGCAGCUUUGGACUUGUUAUGUAAGCAGAAAUGUAUGCUGUAAGUUUCAUCAGCUGUCGACUAAUGCACGUAACAGUUUAACCCACCAAUCAGAAAACAUAACAAGCAGGUGUGUGACUCACAGCCCAGCUUCCCGGGAAACAGAAACAAACCAUCAGAAAGUGAUGAAAGCAAAUACAGCUGAACUUAAAGUUUAUCGUCAGUCGACGCAGGUGAAGGAAUAACACCAACCCACAAGCCAAAAGAUUGAUUUUUUUUAAUAUGCAUUCUCUAUCCAUAAGCUGUGCUGAAAUACUAAAUAUGUAACGACUACUGAAAAUGUACAUAAAAAUAAUAUGAAGCAACAAUACGCUUUUGUCUAAAGAAUUAAAUCAGUACUGUAUGGGGUUUUUUGUUUUUGUUUUUUCGUACAAACCAAGGAACUGGAACAUGUCUGGAUGAAUGUUAGGGUAUUUAUUCUAUGUUGAAGUUUCCACUGACUGACCUGCAGUGCUAUUGUGGGAGCUUAACAGCAGACUGAGGCCUUCGGAGCAUUCAGCUUCUUAUUUCCAUUUAUCGGAUAUUGACCAAAAGAGUCUCUUGUGAAAAGCUUUAUGUUUUCUCUUUAAAUGCACUAUAUCAGAAAGCAGCACAACUACACUGUCACCCAUGAACUCAUAGAUCAUAGAGUGUCAGUGCACGCUCUUUUAUUGUUUACUGUUUAGUGCUUUGCUGAGGCCAGGCCCUCUUUAAAACCCCUCAUGUCACAGAACAGAAAUUGAAGAACCAGAAAACACUUUUGCCUAAAUAGUUUGCAUGAAAAGCGCAGAGUCCUACACUGAUAAGCUGCCUCUCAGUACUUCAGGGAAAAUAUUGCCCCGUGUUUAAACGCCUUAUCAAAUCUGCAUAUAGACUUUCCCCCCUUUGUCAGUUAAGCUCACAAGAUAUAGCUAUGUAAAGAAAAAACAGAACAUGCACAGAAGUUAGACUUGUUUCUUCAGAGUUGAAUUUGUCUGUUUAUUACCAUCAACACAGAUUUGGGGAAAUGAACCUAAGGGUUGGUCGACUGUGAAGAAGACACUAGAUAAGCAGGCACUUAAUAGGAAAAAGGAGAGGUCUUUAGGACCCCACUGAUAUGGCCUUUAACUCAUUAUACUGCUGUUUGAUUUAUAGCUCUCUGCUGGAGUAGAACUGGUUGUUUAUUUGUCCCUGUUGAGUUCAGCUGGAGGUGAAUGAUUUGCCUUUCUCGCUGGUUAAAUAUAGAUAGACGCACACAGGGAGGGAAAGGUUGGAGGCUAAAUAUAACACCUACAGCAUAUUAAAGGCAGCUUAUGACUUAGGUUAACUUUUAUUGCAGUAAAAUCUGACGUUUUUGCUUUAAUUGGUAGCAUUUUAUUUGCAGGUCUGUUUGGCCCUUAUGCACUCUCGUAAAGUCCUCUGUGACUGUGCACUUUGGUGCAGUCAAAGAUCUGAGAGUGUGAUUUCUGGUUAAUUUCCAGUUGGAUUCUCUUGUGAGUCCUCCCUGUUUCUGCACAAGUAAAUACUUUAUGUGCUUAUCUCUUCCGAUGGAAAAUGCAUUUUUCAGAUCAGUUCAGACUUUCUUGAGGACACAUCUCAAAGGAGGCAACACCUUAAGACAUAAGAUUUGGAAUUUGCAUAAAGGCAGAGCUAUGAGCCUUCGUAUUCUACACGAGGGCCUGACUACGACUGAUUAAAGCCAAAACUACGUAGAUGUUAGCAGUUGGCUGUGCUGAUCAAUUUGCUGAUACUUAGUAUUGUGACUCUUUCCAGUAAACCUCCCAAGCAUUAUUAGAACAUUUUGAAUCUCUAAAGUGCUAAUUAAUUAUUAAGAAUUUGUGACACGUAUCUUUUAUUUUUACCAAUGCUGCCACCAUGCCCCCAGGGUGGGGCCCUGAUGAAUGGAUUAGUGGUAGCAGUUUUGGGGUUGGGUUCAGUUCUUGGGCUCACGCUCCAGGCAGGAUUUGUGAUAGUUGUAAGGAAGUCGAUGUCUUUUGGAACAACCAUGGAAGGGAGCUUGAUCUGCAUCAUAGACUGUAAAGGAUAGAUGUGGCUUCCAGGUCCUAAACCUGAAGCCAGUUGAAAAGUGCCUUAAAGCUGUCGAGUCUUACUGAAUGCAAAUAUUACGAUCCUUAGUAGAGUUUAAAAAACAAAACGAGAACGCAGGGAAUCCUUUAGGGCGGGGCUACCUUGUGAUUGACAAGUCAUUAAUAUUUAAGUUUGCGGUGUCAUAAAAAUAUUGACAACGCUCAGCUCGAGGCUUCGCAAAUCAGUGAAUGACAUCUGCCAUAUCCAUCUUUUAUACUCUAUGCUAGGUAACAGUGUUGAUGGUGAUGUCAAAGGUACACGUCCCAUGAGCCAAAGUCUCCUAGAGGUGUUACUCAUCGUGUUUUUUCUGCACCUAUUUUAAUGUUGUGGCUGAUUAGUGUAUGUUGCCUGCUCACACAAGCUCACAUUGUUUCAGCGGGUUUUAGUGCCUCUGCACAAAUAGAUUCAGUGUGCUUUUAGAUCAGCCUGGGCCUCAUCUAGAAAUAAAUCAGCUAUAUUUAGUGUUCUGUGGUCAGAAGACCCAUAAACUUAAGUAGACCUUCUUGAGCUCUUCAUGUGUUUGAAGCUUAUCUGUGUAGGGGUGAGUGCAGGUUUCAUUCAUGUCCACACAGAGCCAUGGCCCUUCACAGAGACUCAGUUAGUGGAUGCAACAAAAACUUUUCAUUUCAGCCAGUGUAGAUGCUGGAUAGGGGAAAAAAACAGUCAUUAUGAGUGUUGUUACAUCACAAGGCUUUAGUGGUCAUUAGCAAAGUGUCUCCACCAGCUUUCAUCUGUGAACAGAGAGGCAGUGAGCAGCAGUCUGAAACACACGAGGCAAUACGUGGCUUCUGAAGCGCUGAAUAUUUAAUGAGGAAUGUGAAUGAGCCGAUACAGCACAGUGUGAGGAUGUCAUGCAUCUUAUCUGUUGACUGAUUUUAUCUUUUUUUUUUCUAAGUUGAACCACUGAGUGUUUUUGCUUUUCAUGCUGAUGACAAAUUUUGUUGGUUUUUCCUCCGCCUGUCAGGAUGGCCCGAUUGUGCGUUGAGAAAGACGCUGCAGAAAACCUAAACACAAAACAAGAGGUGCUCCGGUUCCAGCACUUUGCCUCGUUUGCUGACAGUCUGACUAUGAACCGCUCUGUCUCUGCGUCGACAGCGUUCACUGACUCAUUGCUCAGGAAAGGCCUUCGCUCGCUGAGAGGGAGAAAGAGCGAGAAAGGAGGUGGAGGUGAAGGUGAAAACCUCAAAGAGAUGCUUCUCAUACACUCGGAGACUGUUAAUUCGCAGCCGGAUCCCACAUUGCCAAAACUAAGUCUUGAUUUGACCCCUCUCAUCUCAUUCUUUCACACUCGCUCCUCUGUAGGUCUCCCCCUCCCUCUGAGGUUUCUUUUUUCAGCCACUGCUGAGAAAGUUGAUUUGCUUUACUUUGCAUCAAUCUCUCCUUUCACUUGUCCCCUUUUCCUCCCUUUCCCCUUUCUAUCGUGAGCCAGGUUGAAGCCUGGAGGAAAAGCUCACUGGUGCUUCUGCAGACCUCCCUCUCAUCUUAUUUGUUGUUUUCACAGCCGCACAAAGGCCGCUCCGUUCACUCACAGGUUGUGAAUGCCUUUCCACAGCUGACUCUGGCCGUGUCUUGCUUGCUUCCCGCUCCACAGAUAUCCAUUUUGAUGCUGUAUUGUGACUAUAUCUGAUAUUUAUUGUUCUGUAUGUAUAUCGUGGAUGCAUGGACCUCUGUAGAUACUGUAAUUUGAACUCUCAAACGCAUAUUUAUGGGUCUUACUAGAGAGAAUGUACUUGCUGUAGGAAUAAUUUUUAUUUUCUAUCCGUUAAGGAGGUCAGUUGGUGUCAUAAAUAAAC